AUGGUGAAGCCCGUCAGCCUUAUCUUCAGAUACUUGCAAAAUAGAUCUCAAAUUCAGAUAUGGCUGUAUGAACAAGUGAACAUGUGGAUAGAGGGUUGUAUUGUUGGCUUUGAUGAGUACAUGAACCUCAUAUUAGAUGAUGCAGAAGAGAUUCAUUCUAAAACAAAGUCAAGAAAACAACUGGGCCGAUCAUGCUAA